UGUGAGAGAGAGCGUGGCGGGGGUAGAGAGAGAGGAACAGAUAAAGUCAAUCAGUUUCCGAAAAAGGGCGUCCUCCUCCUCCUCCUCCUCCUCGUCUUCUUCUCCGUGUCUCCGGAGGAAGGGGCGGUCUCAGCGCCGCGGCAGAUCCGGAAUUAGCCCCUGUUCGCUCGGCUCCGCUCGGUCGGUUGGUCGGUCGGUUCGGUUUGUGCCGACGCUGAAAGUGGACUACUACCUUGAAACAUUUUUUUUUUUAAGAAUAAGAAAGAGGAGGAAAGGCGGCUGGGCUGAGGGAGGUACGAGCAGCAGGAGAGAGGAAGAAAGAAGAAGAAAGAAAAAGUAGAGGCAGAAGAAGAAGGAGGAGAAGAAGAUGCCUCUGGCUCAGCUGGCGGAUCCCUGGCAGAAGAUGCCGCUGGGGGGGACGGCUGGAGAGGAUGCGCACCACGACCCCGAGGACUUGGUGGGCGAGGACGAUUCGAUGCCUGCCUGCGCGGAUGACGUGCCGAUCAAGGAGAUCAGCAUCACUCACCACGUGAAGGAGGGGUCAGAAAAGGCCGACCCCCGGCAGUUCGAGCUGCGCAAAGUCCUGGGACAGGGCUCGUUUGGAAAGGUGUUUCUGGUGAGGAAGGUCACAGGACCGGACGCUGGUCAGCUGUACGCCAUGAAGGUGCUGAAAAAAGCCACACUGAAAGUGCGUGACCGGGUCAGGACAAAGAUGGAGAGAGACAUCCUGGUGGAGGUCAACCAUCCCUUCAUCGUCAAACUGCACUACGCAUUUCAGACGGAGGGGAAGCUCUACCUGAUCCUGGAUUUUCUCCGAGGAGGCGACCUCUUCACUCGUCUCUCUAAGGAGGUAAUGUUCACAGAGGAAGACGUGAAGUUCUACCUGGCGGAGCUCGCUCUGGCCCUCGACCACCUCCACGGCCUCGGCAUCAUUUACAGAGACCUCAAACCUGAGAACAUCCUGCUCGAUGAAGAGGGACACAUCAAGCUGACCGACUUCGGCCUCAGCAAGGAGUCGAUAGACCACGAGAACAAGGCCUAUUCCUUCUGCGGCACGGUGGAGUACAUGGCUCCUGAGGUGGUGAACAGGCGAGGACACACGCACAGCGCCGACUGGUGGUCGUACGGCGUGCUCAUGUUUGAGAUGCUGACGGGAACGCUGCCGUUUCAAGGAAAAGACCGGAAAGAGACGAUGACCAUGAUCCUCAAGGCCAAACUGGGAAUGCCGCAGUUCCUCAGCUCCGAGGCUCAGAGUCUCCUCAGGAACCUUUUCAAACGAAACCCCGGCAACAGAUUAGGAGCUGGACCGGACGGAGUGGAGGAAAUUAAGAGGCAUCAUUUCUUCAGCACCAUUGACUGGAAUAAACUGUAUCGCAGAGAAAUUCACCCUCCUUUCAAGCCAGCAGCAGGACGACCUGACGACACUUUCUAUUUUGAUCCAGAGUUCACAGCAAAAACACCCAGAGACUCUCCGGGGGUCCCGCCGAGCGCCAACGCCCAUCAGCUGUUCAGAGGGUUCAGCUUUGUGGCCAUAACGGAGGAGGAGACGCAACCACUACCCAAUGCUAUUGUACAGCAACUUCACAGAAGCACGUCCAUUUUCUCCGAAGCCUACGAGAUCAAAGAGGACAUCGGUGUCGGCUCCUACUCCAUCUGCAAGCGCUGCAUACACAAAGGAACCGGCAUGGAGUACGCAGUCAAGAUUAUCAACAAGGCCAAGAGGGACCCGACGGAGGAGGUGGAGAUCCUGCUGAGAUACGGGCAGCACCCCAACAUCAUCACCCUCAAAGACGUGUAUGACGACGGCCGGUCGGUGUUCCUGGUGACGGAGCUGAUGAAGGGAGGCGAGCUGCUGGAUAAAAUCCUCCGGCAGAAAUUUUUCUCCGAGCGGGAAGCCAGCGCCGUUCUCUACACCAUCACCAAGACUGUGGAGUACCUGCACGUGCAAGGGGUGGUGCACAGAGACCUGAAGCCCAGUAACAUCCUGUAUGUGGAUGAGAGCGGGAACGCCGAGUCCAUCCGGAUCUGCGACUUUGGCUUUGCCAAGCAGCUGAGAGCGGAGAACGGCCUGCUCAUGACGCCGUGUUACACGGCCAACUUUGUCGCCCCCGAGGUGUUAAAGAAGCAGGGUUACGAUGCAGCCUGUGACAUCUGGAGUCUGGGAGUCCUGCUCUACACCAUGCUGACAGGUUUCACUCCAUUUGCUAACGGUCCAGAGGACACCCCAGAGGAAAUCUUGGCUCGAAUCGGCAGCGGGAAGUUCUCACUGAGCGGAGGAUACUGGAACUCUGUCUCACCUGAAGCUAAGGACCUGGUGUCUAAGAUGCUACAUGUUGACCCCCAUCAGCGACUUACAGCAGGGCAGGUCCUCAGACACCCAUGGGUGACGCACCGAGACCAGCUGCCCAAAUACACCCUCAACAGACAGGACGCACCACACCUGGUUAAGGGUGCGAUGGCGGCCACCUACUCUGCCCUCAACAGGAACGUCCCGCCAGUCCUGGAGCCGGUGGGCUGCUCCACUCUGGCCCAGCGGCGGGGGAUAAAGAAGAUCACUUCCACUGCUCUGUGACCUCCUCUUUCUCCUCCUUCUCCUCCUUCCUUUUUUCCUCCUCCCUUCAACUCUGACCUCGAUCUGACCUCCGCCGGACCCACCCUCUCCCUUUCCCUCCAGUCCCGUCCGGCGGGACAGACUACUGAUGGACCUGGGAACUGCUAACGCCAAAUAGGAGCACAGAGGCCGACCCCCCUCCCUCCUCCUGCUCUCCUUCACCUUUGUGGGCUCUUCUGAUUGGAUCUCGUCUGCUGUCUUACCGUAGAGUCUCAGCUUUAGCAUCACUGUUCAACAGCCGGACUCCGCUGUAAAGGAAACCUACAGGGCGAGCCCUUUUGUUUUGUUUUUUUUUCCUUGCUUUGGACAAUCAGCGCUGGCUCGCAGACUCUGAGAGCGAGUCCGUGUCAGGAAAAUAAAAGUACUGUAUUUAUUUUCUCCAGAUGGAGGAAAUCAUAGGAACAAAGUAAUGUAAGGUAUGCAUUUAAAGAGCUAGGAUCUUUGUUAUCAUGCUGUUGUCAUGGUUCUGCGUAGCUGUAGAUCCUGCAUUUAAACCUCAAGUAGCCUGAGAGACGCGGCGUCUGCAGAAAAGUCCGGAUGGUGGGAAUCGCCCAACGUUAACGUUCACCCCGACGAGCCUCAGCCUCAAAAUGAGCCUGAUUUCAUUUUGAGCAUUAGUUUAGAGUCCUGGGAUCCAGUAUUUUCUCUUUAAUGUGCAAAAACAAAGCAAACAUCUACGCCGUGAUUUUAGGAAUAAACUAAAGAUUUGGCAUAAAGUCGACGGACACGUCCCGAUAUUUUCUCUAGUUUUCUUCCUGUCGCCCAAUCCCGUGAUAAGGAUUAAACCAUCAGUGUGUGACAUCAUAUCCUCGGCCUCUGCGGCUCUGAGCUGAGCCCUGAAUAGGUCCACUAAUUAAUUCAGUCACUGAGGUCUGCGUGCAGCUGUGGUUUUUGGAAAGAAAAAGGAGGAAACGGUGCACAACUUGGGAACUACUUUCAGCAGCGGAUGAAUCCACAUUUAAUCACUGUAAACAGAGUAUAUACAGAGUCUGUAGGCAAAGCACAAGAUGUUUGGUUUCCAUUUGUAGUCCAAGUAAUACAUUAGAUACAUAAAAUAACAAACAUCCCUGCAUAUAAUAACUGAUGAGUACAUGAUUUUUAAUCUUCCUCCAUUCUUUCUGGCUCAGACCAUAACCACCAAACCAUAAUUAAUAAGCAUCGUGUUUUAUUCAGUGCGACUCGAAACUAAUAGUCUGUGUGUGACUCACUGAGUUGUGUGACAGCACUUGUUGAGGAGGAUGCACUCAGUGUUUGUUGGGCUCUGUUGACAGCAGGAAAAACAUCAGAUUUAUGGUUUGAACAGCUAAACAAAAAAAUCCAGGAGAUCACAAUGGAAAUCAAAGCAGCCAUUCUGUCUCAUUAGCAGGACUUUCUUUGGCUUUUGGUCCAGCAGCAGUUUAAAGCUGCAAACGUUGAGCUUGUGGCGCCCCCUGGUGGCCACAGGGAGGCUUCUGAAACACUCCUCCCAGAAUGGUUUUUAUUAGUAGGAUAACUUCUGGAUACUCUCCUCUUUUAUUUAACACUAUUUCACUCUUAAUUUACUUUUUAGUUUAAACUUCAUGUGAUGAAGAGCAGGGAGGUGCUCACUCCUCCUCCUCCUGGAGAGAUUAGAAACAAAACUACACGUUUAUCAGCAGCUGGGAUUUAAAAUUUAAAGCUUAAAUAAAAAUGUAAAGUAUCAAAUUAAUUUAUUUUGCUUUAAAAAACAGAAGAAUUGGUGCUGAGUGCCUGAAUAUGACCACACCCUUUACUGCUAAUAUUUAAAGAUAAAUGAAACCAGGUGAUUGUAGAGUAAGAACAGCUGCUGCAGGGCUGAGCAGCCACAGGAGCAGCAUUAAUGCCAAAUUUCCUCCUUUUUCGGUCACAAAAACAAACUAAAGGGACGUGUCGCCCACCUGGAAACAGGCCGACAGGUGUAAAAGGCGCUUCCUGCUUCCGCCCACGGUCACGUGACGUCUGUAUGCGCAGCAGAUCUGUAAAUACAGAACACGUCGAGCAACUCAGGUUUCUGCGAAUCAAGACGAUGCAUUUUUAUACGUCCACGAGGAGGGAGGUGUACAUAAACGUAUUUUUAACACAAAGCACAGGUGUGGGGAGGCCAGCGGGACACAGACAGGUGUUUAUCACACGUGACGCGAAGAAGAGCUCAAGCUCAAAAAACCAAAUCCCGAUUUUGUCUUUGUGAUUUCCAGUCUUAAAGGUCUCUCUCUCUCUCUCUCUCUCUGUGGCGCCGCCAGGUGAGUCCGCGCGUGACGUGUUUCCUGCGUUUGAACCUUUAAAAUCGAACCCUUUAAAAAUCUGAGAAAAAAACACUUAAAACAUUCCAGCUGCGUGAGCGCCACUGGAGACGUUAAAGGGUUAGUUCACCAAAAAUGGAGAAAAACAGGCGAACUGCUGCUUUAAAGCCGCGCGCUGGAGUUUCGGGUGAUUGGGCGCUCCGCACGAAACGAUUUUUACCCAUUUGGUAAAUGGUCACAAACGGAAGAGACUCCAAAAGACUCAAAGCAAAAAUCCGGUCCGCACUCUGGCUGCCCGACGCGGUUAAAUCCGCCGCGGGUUCAGCACUGAGGGCCUUCUGCGCGCCUCCGCUGCCAAACACGGACCCGUGAACUGUGUGAGCUCCUUCUCCCCCAGGAGGAGAAAGAAAAACAUCCUGUUAGCUUAAUGAUGUUAAAGUUUAAUGUUCAGGCACAAGUUUAAAUUAUUAGAUCAAAAAAUGUGACUUCUGAAAUACAAAGUAACCAUUUUGAGAUUACUAUAAAAAAAUUUUUUACAUUAUUUUGGCUUGUAAUUUUGAAUUUCUGGAAAAAGUCAAAUUUUAUAAUAAAAACUGGAAAUUAUGAAAUAAAUGUUAAGUCAAUUUGUUAUUAAAAGUGUUUUGAAGUCUUUAGUCACAUUUCUAAAAUACAAAGUUACAUUUUGAAUUAAAAAGUCAAAAUUUUCACAUCAAAAUUUAAAACUUAGAUCAGAUUUUUUUUAAAAUAGAAACACUAAAAUAUAAGACAAAAAGUCAAAUCUUUAAAAUGGAAACAUGUUGAGAUAAAGAUAAAGAAAUUUAGAUUAAAAUAGAUUUCUUUGAGGAAAAAACAAAGUGUGAUAUUAGGAGAAGAAAUUCUGAGACGAUGUUUCAGUGAUGUAAAAAGUCUAAAGCUUCAAAUAUUAAACUCUUUUGUUUAAAAAUCAAUAUUAUGGGAUAUUUAAUUCAGAUUUUUGGCCAAAGGCAGAAAGAAGAUUAAAAAAACGUUUAUUUAUUUAAUAUUUACUCUGAUUUUCAAAUACAAAAGUGUAAGAUGUGAGGAAAAAUUAGAUGUAUUUAUUUUUUAGAUUAAAAAGUAUUUUUAAAAGUCAUUAGUUUGCUUGUUUUUGACUUUUAUCUCAUAAUUUCUGAUCCUUUGAUCUCAGUGAGACGAACUUUUGACUGUUUCAUUCACAUUUUUGAAAUCACGGCUAAUUUUUCUCUUCCUGGUGGAGAUGAUCUUCCUCCUCGCAGCAUGACGUCACUGAGCUCCUCCCUCCCGCAGGUUAAUGAGUAGAAACUGCUUCCUGUCUGUGGUCGGUAGAAUGUCAAAAUAAAGGGAUGAAAUGCAGAUUUUCUUUAUGUUUUAUAUAUAAUUAUUGAAUAUAUAUAUAUAUAUAUAUAUAUAUAAGUGUUGAUCUCUGCCUCAGCUCUCCAUGUACAGCUCUGGGAUAAUGAAAAUGCUGAUUUUUUUUUUUCUUUAAUUGUGACCAGAGGUAUGCUUUCUCUGUCUGUCUUCAUCCUCACGCCUCCUCCUCUUCCUCUUUUCUUUGCUCCUGUGGGAGACGCGUUCAGCCCUGCUGCUACUCCAGCUCUCUGUUUUUGUACCUGCAGCGAGAGCUGGACUUUCUAUGAAAAACAAUAAAAACCAUAAUCAAACCA